AUGCCUAAUCGCGAGGAGCGUCCAGCUCUGCAUCGAGUGUGCAACUCGGUGAGCGGCAUCAACUGGCGCCCGACGCGGUUCGACGACGAGUUGACGUUGAGCCGUUACUCGUGCUGCGUGUGUCACGUCAUUCCGAGCACGACGGUCGUGCUGCCCUGUUCGCACGCUCUGUGCGAGCUGUGUGUGGCGGGGUGUGUCGUCCAAGAUGGCGGAAGCGUCUGUCCCCUGGACGCCCAGCGUUUCUGCGAAGACGAGUGCCAGAACUUAAAGCUCCCUGCCAAGACGAAGAACAACCUCAAGGCUCAUUGCUGGAAUUAUGCUGACGGCUGCGAAUUUGUAGGCACCAUCGAGGCCGUACUGCUGCACUUCGACAGAGAAUGCGCCUUCCACGCUGUCCAGUGUCUACGCUGCGAACGAAGAAUACUGCGCACAGACAUCGCAGCACACUAUGUUGCCGGAUGCCCACAGAACGCUUCUUGUGCAAGCAGUGCUCAGCCGAACAGGUAA